GGGUGUAAACUCUGAGUCCAGGCGGGAGAUCAGAUCAGUUCAGGUCACAGUGCGUUGCUCCAGUCCCGCAAACUUCCUCUGCGUGGAUCAACGUUGGACUUUCUCUUCACCAACCCACGGAUUUAUCUGGACACUUUUUAUUCCGUCUGGAGAAACUGUUUCACACCCCUGAAUGAUGUUUUCGCCGCAUUUCGGAGCUCCUCUGUCUCUGAAGUUUCUGCAGACCAUCUCAUCUCUUUUCGCUGCCUCCAGUGUUUACAUCCAAGCCGGGUUUAAAUGCAGGAGAAACUGUAAGACGUUGUUUCGGAGCGGGUGUAGCGCUGGUUGGAGCAGAGAUGCGUAAUGCGCAGAGAAAACUGGGUCUCCACUCCGAAUAGGAAGCGACCAAGACCCGAAAAUGUCUAAGCCGGAGGUGAAGAAGGAGUCCGGGGAGUCCAGCCCGCUGGAGGCGGCCUGCCUCUGCUCUCCUCCUGCGGCCAAGAACCAGUGCGCCAGCUGCGGCUUGGAGAUCCAAGACCGCUACCUGCUCAAGGUGAACAACCUGAACUGGCAUCUGGGCUGCUUGGAGUGUUCAGUCUGCAGAGCGUCGCUGCGCCAACACAGCAGCUGCUACGUCAAAAACAAAGAAAUAUUCUGCAAACUGGAUUAUUUCAGUAGGUUCGGCACCAAGUGCGCCCAGUGCGGCCGGCAGGUGUUCGCCAGCGACUGGGUGAGGCGGGCGCGGGGCAGCGUCUACCACCUGGCCUGCUUCGCCUGCUUCUCCUGCAAGAGGCAGCUGUCAACUGGGGAGGAGUUCGGCCUGGUGGAGGGCCGGGUGCUCUGCCGCAGCCACUACGACAUCAUGCUGGAAAACCUCCGCAGGGCCGCAGAGAACGGGACAGGUCUGACUCUGGAAGGAGCGCUGCCGUCAGAUCAAGACUGCCAACCCAAACCAGCCAAGAGGGCGCGGACGUCCUUCACGGCCGAGCAGCUGCAGGUCAUGCAGACGCAGUUCGCUCAGGACAACAACCCCGACGCUCAGACGCUGCAGAAACUGGCAGAAAUGACGGGACUGAGCAGGAGAGUGAUACAGGCAGGUUUGGUUUCAGAACUGCCGCGCCCGACACAAAAAGCAGCCGCCGCCGCAGAGCAGCAGCUUCCCCCAGAGCGCGCCGCUGUCCAGGAUGCCGCCGUCGCUUCCAGAGGAUCUCCACUACUCCUCGUUCAGCAGCCCGGACCGACCACACCUCCUCGCUCUGCACGGAUACCUGGACGCUCAUCCCUUCUCUGUCCUCGCCUCCCCCGGACACUUGACUCAUCCCUCCAUCGCUCUGCCGCAGCUUCCCAUCAGCCGCUGACCCUGAUGAUGUCACGGAUGCCUGUCGCCACGGUUACCUCCGUUUCAGCUGGUUGUCAGACUGUUGAGCUGAACUGUGGUGAAACCUUCAAGCAAACAUUGGGAAUAUUUUUUUUAUCUUUGUUCUAAACGAAGCACAGAAGACUUCCUGUUUUUGCUUUUUUCACUUUCUUCCUGUUCGUACAUCGGGCGGUUUCAAAUGGCAGAGUGGAGGAGCAUUGUAGCAGUACGACGGAGAAACCUCAGCUUCUUUUUUCAGGAUGAGCACAUUUUGCAGCUUUAAUGUUGUUGGUUGUUGUACUGUUGUCAGAAAAACGGGAACUCUUAUUUAUUCAGAUCUAAACCUCUUGUUUUCAAGGCACUUUUAAAGUGUCUCUACACGGAAACAUUCAGUGUUUGUAAAUAAAUCGCAUCAGAUCUGUCACCAGGUUUAUUUAAUGAGCAAAACGGAGACUGAUUUUAUGUAUGUGUGUGUGUGUUUUGAAGGUCAUAGAAAAAAAAAAACAGAAAAUAGAGUCAGAUUGUACCUGCAGUGACUGUCAGUUUGACCUCAACAUCCUGGUCAUUAAACCAAUUUAAAACCCGUCACUUACAGGAAAUAAGUGAUAAAUUAAUUGAGCAAUCAAUUAAAUCCAAAUUCAGUUAAAGUGU